AUGUCAUGGACUCUGUUUCAGUUCAUGCAUGCUGUUGUUGUUCUUUUUGUUCUCAUGGGGUGUUUGUGUUUGGGUGGUUCAGGCUUUAGUACUCAUUGUCAUCAUGUUCAUAUUGGUGGAGAAAGCUUGAGAAUUUAUAAGCGUGAGAUUCAAGAAAAUGUUUUGGAAAUUGUUGGCAUUUCCCCUGAGCAGGUGAGGAGACACUUAACAAAUACUGGCUCAAUUUCGCCUCACAUUGGAAAUCUGAGCUUUCUUAGGGAACUGUGGUUACGUAACAAUAGCUUCACUCAUCAAAUCCCCCCUGAACUUGGCCAUCUAUGGAGACUGCAAAUAUGGACACUACUCAAUAAUUCUAUUGGUGGUGAAAUUCUGGUCAAUAUAUCUGCUUGCUCUAACCUUGUUGCCCUUGAGCUUACUGGCAAUAGUCUGGCUGGGAAAAUUCCGGUGGAGCUUGGCUCUCUGUCUAAACUUGAGGAGUUGUACAUUGGAAGAAACGAUCUAACUAGUGGCCUUCCUUAUACUUUUGGGAAUCUGUCAUCCCUUAUUGUAUUCUAUGCAGGUUCCAAUAAUAUCAAUGGGAGUAUACUUGAAAUCCUGGGCCGAUCGACAAACUUAAACAAUCUUGCAUUGGGGGAUAACAAGUUGGUUGGUACUAUUCCUUCCUCAAUCUUUAAUCUAUCUUCCAUCACAACUUUUGAUAUAGAUAUGAACCAAGUUCAAGGGAGACUUCCCUUAGAUCUUGGAAUUUCUUUUCCAACUCCUCAACAGUUUUCAGUUGGAAUUAACUUGUUUACUGGAUCCAUUCCUAUUUCAAUAUCGAAUGCAACCAACCUGUAUCUCCUUGAGUUGGCAGGAAAUAAAUUUAUUGAAAGAGUUCCUCCUUUGGGAAUGAUGCACAAUCUUUGGUGGUUAAACUUUGCAUACAAUCAUCUUGGAACAGGGGAAGCUGGAGACUCGAAUUUUCUUAGCUCAUUGCCCAAUGCCACCAAUUUGAACACUUUGUGGCUGCACUUCAAGCACUUUGGAGGGGUGUUGCCAGAAUCCAUUGGCAAUUUGUCCGCUAAUCUUGGUAUGCUUUAUUUGGCUAACAAUAAAAUAGGUGGGAGCAUCCCAACCGAGAUGGCGAAUUUGGUCAAUUUGCUGGCUUUGGGCAUGUCAGACAAUCAUUUCAUCAGUAACAUUCUUGCUGAUAUUGGGAAGCUACGAAAGCUACAAUUUUUGGAUCUCUCAGGUAAUAAAUUCUAUGGGAAAAUUCCAUUGUCUUUGAAAAAUUUGACUUCACUAGAGUAUCUUUAUUUAGAAGCAAAUAAUUUGCACGACAACAUUCCUCCAAGUCUGGGAAAAUGCCCCCUUGUAGAUCUGUUUCUUGGUGGAAACAAUCUUAGUGGUACCAUACCCAAACAAGUUCUAACUCUCUCAUCAUUAUUGAAUUUGUACCUACAUGGCAACCAUUUGGUUGGGUCCAUACAACUAGAAAUUGGCAAUUUAAUAAAUGUUGAACAAUUGGAUGUUUCUAGGAAUAUGUUGUCUGGAAAAAUGCCAAGCACUCUUGGUAGUUGUGUAAAAUUGAGAUUUCUAUAUAUACAGAGCAAUAAUUUUUGGAGAACUCUUCAUUCAUCUUUAAGUUAUUUGAGAGGUAUUGAGGCAUUAGAUCUUCCUCACAACAAUUUCUUAGGAAAAAUCCCAAACUAUUUAGGGGGCUUUGUCUUCUUACAAAAAUUAGAUCUAUCAUUCAAUGAUUUUGAGGGUGUGGUACCAGAAAUAGGCAUAUUAAAAAAUGCAACGGUUGUUUCUAUUAGGGGAAACAACAACUUUGUGAUGACAACAAAAGUACCAUCUUUGACAUUUUUAGGGAAGUCAUAUGUGAAAUUGUCCUACCAAAGUCUACUCAAGGCAACUGAUGGGUUCUCUCCAGCCAACAUGAUAGGCAUGGGUAGUUUUGGUUCAGUCUACAAAGGAAUUCUUGAUCACAGUGAAAAAGUUGUUGCAGUGAAGGUUUUCACAGCAUGUUCAAGUGUUGACUAUAAUGAUAAUGAUUUCAAAGCUCUGAUUUAUGAGUUCAUGGUCAAUGGUAGCCUAGAGGAUUGGUUACAAACAAAUGAAAAUGAAGAUGAGGUGCAUGUCAAAUCAAGAAAUUUAAACCUCCUACAAAGGUUAAAUAUUGCCGUUGAUGUUGCUUCUGCACUUGAUUAUCUUCACCAUCAUUGCUUGGAACCAAUAGUUCACUGUGAUUUGAAGUCAAGUAAUGUUCUUCUGAAUGAUGAAAUGAUUGGACAUGUAGGCGAUUUUGGGUUAGCUAGAUUCCUUCCAGAAGGCACCGAUAAUUCUUCUGCAACUUAA